AUGACAGUGAGUGCCGCCCUUGGCACUAAUCCCGAAAUGUCGACAGAGCAGUCGACCUCAUCUGGGGCAUUGGAGGAGACCUUGGACUUUGGUUCAGACCAGGAUAACCUGCUUGGUCCAAUCGAGCAGACCGAAGGAAAUGUCUUUCAUCACAUACCAUAUUCAUCGCAGUCGCCGUCCUCAACCAAAGAUGGACCGCAGUUAAUGGAGAGGUUAAGCCCAUCAAGAUUUCUCUUUUCGAGAGCCAUUCGUGGCAACAAAUACAACAACCAGCAUUGCAAGAUUCCAGGAGAACACAUUCCAGACACUUCUCAAUCAAACAUUCCGCACCUCCAUCGAAACCCUCAAUUUCCAGCUCGACGACGAUGCGAACUUGUAUAUGGGACAAGAGCUGCAACUAGCUUCUUUACCAUCACCGUCGCCCUCAGAUCUCCUCAUCCCAACUGCACGAAUAGUACCAACGACUCAACGUGA